AUGAACCCCAUUGGCUCUUCUACAGCGCUGGGCGAGAGAUGUGAGUUGUCGGAGCAAGAGGUGCUGGACUGGCUGAGCCGCCGCGGGUUCAUCCAGGCUUACGCUGCGCUCAUUGCGGAAACCUCAUCGCCGGCGCUGGCGCAUGAUGACUUCCCUACCAGGCAGUGCUUUACGUGCGACGGUGCCGCGGAGGUGACGACAAGUGGUAUGGUUUCGACACCCACCGAUGUUCAAGCGGAGUUGCGCGACAGUGUCAUGGAGGCUCUCUCCGCAUACAGGGACUUGGUGGGCAACAGCAACGUGUUCGCCAUGCUGGAACUUUGGGACCCUCAGCUUUGCUCUCGCUACGUGCAGCGAUCAGCGGAGCGUAGUGAGGCGGAGCUCAGCAGGUUAGAGGGGUUGGCGCAGGCGGUCGAGGAAGCCAAUGUGCAGCUUCGCACCCGCGAGCGCGAACUGGACGGCCAAGUGAAGCAGAUUGUAGCCAUCAUUGCAGAACGUCUGCAAACAUUGGCCAGCUCGGUGGAUCCGAUGCGCAAGGAUAUUCUUCUUCCGCUGCUUCGUACUGUGGCGGUGCUAGGCUCAUCCGGUACGGUGCGCGCUGCGGCGAGGCACAUGAUACUAACUCUCUACAAGCGGCCGAUGAUGGAGCAUCGAAUGGCCAUCGUGCAGGAAUGGCUCCGUGUUGCCCAGGAGGCAUCAUCGAGAACGCUGGAACAGGAGCUGAUCCCCGAGUUGUAUACUCUAGUCAACGCUCAGGUGUUUGAGCGGCGGUUGCUAGCUCUCGACUGCGCAGCUGCUGUGGCACCGAUGCUGCGACGCUCUCCGCAGGUGCGCUACUCACUGUGUCAGGGUUUGUUGAGGCCAUUAUGUGAGGACGACACAUCCGCGGUACGCCGGGAGUUGCCACGGUGUCUCUCCUUGCUUUGGGGUGACGCAACGACCAAUGACACCACGGCCACUAUGGACCCAUCUGCGUCGGCAGGCGCCGUGUCGAGGUCAACUGUCGAGGGCGGAUUACCAUCGGACACAAGCGCCGUGCAUUCAGCUGUAACACGCACGUCUGCUGACCGCUUGUCUGGCGCCAGCACCGUGUCCUUGUCGCUGACACAGAAGACCUUUUUCAUGGAACUUCUUGUGCACUUGGCGACUGACAGCAGCAGCCGAACGGUGCGUCAGGCGGCCCAGACGCAGUUAUGCGAGGUCCUCUAUCCUGUUUUUCUCCGAGACGGAGUGCUGCUGACGCAGUUCGUGCCUCUGUUGCUGACCUUCAUCGAGAUGGAGGCAAGGCAGCAGCUGCUGCUCAAGGGGCCAGACAAAGGCAACGGCAACACUGCCGGUUUGGGUGCCUCCAACGCAUCUGCCAAGGCAGCCGCAGUCGGGGAAAGUCAGAAAGGCGUCUCGGAUGAAUCAAACACGUCUGCAGCCGCGGCACUCUCUCUCAGUAACGUCAUGACACUCGCCCAGCUUCUUCACGCGGCACUUCGCUGCGCUGCUGCAGACGUGCUGCACAGUCGUGAGGCCGAGGGCCGCCGUGAUCGAUGCAGGGCCAGCAAUGAUUCGCAGACCUUAUCUUCACUAUCAUCCGCCUAUGUGCGUGUUGUGCUUCCCAUUGCCUACAAUCUGCUCUGCCUCCUACUAUCCAAGGUCCGCUUCGUGUCUCUGACCAUAGGUGAGGAAGGUGGAACGCUGAAUAGCAGCGAUGCAAGUACCCGCUUGUGCGGCCCGCUGUGCGCGUUGUGCGCCACGCUUGCGUCUUUGGUACCGCUACUUGAUGCACAAGUGUGGCAGGACGUGGUGCACUACUUGAAAAGGUCGCUGGCAUCUGAUCCACAGGUUGGCGUUAUGGCUACCCCAGUAACUGAGAGCACUUCAGUAGUGGUAGCAGCACCGUCACCUUCAGAGUCGCUAGAACCUCUCUCGCUACAAAACGCACCGGAUGCUUCCCUGACUGAACAGGAUCUGGUGAAGGGGCGACUGCUCUUUGUGUUUUCCUUCUUCCUCUUCCUCUGCGGUGACGCCGUGACACUGCCGCAAGGGGUCACAGGUGCCAACGCUGACGGCGCUACAGCGCCGGAGACGAGGGAGACGACCGGCAUCGAUGGCUCCUCUCUUUCCACGGCACCGCUUUUGAAGCCCUUCACCCCCAAGCACAUCCAAAGUGAGAGUCUCCACUUCGUUGCAGGGAGCAUCUCUCUGAAAAGCGAGGACAUCAGCUGCCCCCGUUCUGCAUCUCUUGUGGCGUGCGUUCAGUGCGUUGCAGCCUUGGCUCCGUUUGCGAUGGAGAGUCACGAGGUAGCGUCUGGCAUUUCAGGGCUGGCGAACUUCCUCGUGGCCUCGCCAGAGGUGCGGCAGCGUCUGACGGCUGUGGUGCUAGCCCACGACACCUGCGCUGUGCUUGCAAACGAACGCUUGAAAGUGGCCCUGUUGAUUGAGCCUCUCAUGCCCCUUCUCAAGGACCUGCAGCCAGCUGUGCAAGAUGCCGCCUUGUCUGGAAUCCUUUCCGUCUCGAUCGCCCUGACGGAGCCGCGGGUGCAAGAGAAGGUGAUUCGACCCGUGCUGCGCGUGGCGGACGCGAGCGGGUGUACCUCGCGUUUCACCCGCUGUCUGCUACAGCAGCUCUAUCAGCUCAUGCAGCGCAUGCCGGCCGAGCCACGCGAAGUGCUUCUAUACCCACAUCUAUCUGUACUCAUGGACCGCCUCGCCGAGCUGUACGUGGAGCGGGUAUCUCAGGAGGGGUUUGCUGCAGCGCCGGCGGCAGCGGCAUCAUCGCCCACGUUAUCGGCACCAGUGGGUGCAAGAAGCACUCGAUACGAAAGUACGGACACCAAACAGCGUGACCUCGGUGUACACGACUGGGAGGAGACAAUGCUCGCGCUUCAAGCGCUGCUGAACAGCAUUGUGAAGUGCGCGGUGGUGACGCCGACGCUCGUGUAUCGGUACCUCCUGCCUGGCAUCCAGCAAUUGUCCAGCGACGGUAUCUUGUCUGGGUGCAGCCCGGCAGUGCGGUCACGCUGGCUGCGCCUGCAGAAAAAUUACCAGAUCUUUAUGGAGAACAACACCAACCGGCUCGCUCCGAGUGGUGCCGUCUCGACUGACGGAAAACCAAAGGUCAGUACACUGCUGGAUCGCUUCAAAAAUGAGCUGAAGCGGCAUCUCUGA